AACCGAUGUUCGGAUCCGUGUUUGAGGCUAACUAACCAACUAUAACUAACUAACCUCGCUUGCCAGUGAACUGAAGCUAGCCGUCGUGCUAAUGUCAGCUAAUGUGGCUAACAAGGGGAUGUAGCAGCAGUUAAAAUACACAUACAAUAAAACCAUAAGUUCCACAGACAUUGCUACUCUCACAUCUAUUUGCAGUACAGUGAACAGACAUUCGGUUAAAUAGCACAUGUCCAACCAGUUCAAGCAUUGGGAAACAUUAGCCUUAUGCUAGCUGCACUUAGCGUCACCAGGUUAACAUUAGUUUACCUGAGCCGUGUUACUUCCUGAAUUCCAGCCUUGAAAUAUAAGUAUUUACAUAGCAGGAGACGCUGCCAUUGCUGAGUUACUCAAGGGAUUUCUGUACAACACCCAGAUUGCCUCUUGACUCAUUGACAGUCCGCGUGUUUGCAUGGAAGCUCAGGAGUAAAACUAGACUAAAUAACCUAAAUGUGCUGUAACUCUGAUGGCUUUCCCCCGUACAUCUAAUCAUACUGGUUCAGUUUGCAGUAUCGAUUGUGGAAAGGGUGUUUGGGCUGGCCACAGCUGUACCUUUGGUCAGCAUUUCCACUGUUUGGAUGUAAAUGUGACAGACUACACCAACACAUCCAGCCUCACUAUGGGUCAGGACAGGGGAAAGUAUGAUUUUUACAUCGGUCUGGGAUUGGCUAUCAGCUCCAGCAUCUUCAUCGGAGGCAGUUUUAUCCUAAAGAAGAAAGGACUGCUGCGGCUGGCAAGGAAGGGGUCGAUGAGAGCAGGCCAGGGUGGUCAUGCAUAUCUGAAAGAAUGGCUUUGGUGGGCUGGUUUACUUUCAAUGGGAGCUGGGGAGGCAGCAAAUUUCGCAGCGUAUGCCUUUGCUCCUGCUACUCUAGUCACUCCACUGGGAGCCCUAAGCGUCCUUGUCAGCGCCGUGCUGUCGUCAUACUUCCUGACAGAGCGGCUAAACCUGCAUGGGAAGCUCGGCUGCCUGCUCAGCAUCCUGGGCUCCACCACCAUGGUCAUUCACGCUCCACAAGAGGAAGAGAUCAGCAGUCUGGAGGACAUGGCCAGGAAGCUGGUUGACCCAGGGUUUUUUGUCUUUGCCACACUUGUCAUCAUUGUGGCCCUCAUCUUCAUAUUUGUGGUGGGUCCCCGACACGGUCAGACCAAUAUCCUUGUGUACAUCACCAUCUGCUCAGUGAUUGGGGCACUGUCGGUGUCCUGCGUCAAAGGACUGGGCAUCGCCAUCAAAGAAGCCAUUUCUGGGAAAAGUGUUCUGAAAAACCCUUUGGCAUGGAUCUUGCUUUUGGGCCUUGUGGCCUGUGUGAGCACACAGAUAAACUACCUGAACAAGGCUCUGGACAUAUUCAACACAUCUCUGGUGACUCCCAUCUACUACGUGUUCUUCACCACAUCUGUACUCACUUGCUCCGCCAUCCUCUUCAAGGAGUGGGAGCACAUGGGCACGGAUGACGUGAUCGGUACCCUCAGUGGCUUCCUCACAAUCAUUGUGGGUAUCUUCCUGCUCCACGCCUUCAAAGACAUUAGUGUUAGUUUGGCCACUCUGGCUGUGUCCAUGAGGAAGGAAGAAAGAGCCUUUCCUGCGGCCAAUGGCAUGGCAUCCCACAGCACCUACGAACUUCUACAUGAGUCCACAGAGGACUUGGACGACAGGGAAAUGGGCUUGCCUUUUGACAGCAUCUCUAGAAGAAAUGGGGCGAUGACUUCCUCAUAGGAUCAACAAACUGUUUUUUCAGUCUCCUCCUGACUCACAAUCUAUAGCAUCGAUGUAGGCACGGGAUCUAAAAACAGUAAGACAAUCAGCUGUGUGGGGACAGGACAGACCAGUGGAUUGUAUUGUAUGUUUUAAUUUGCCUUACUUUUCUCAGAAUAUGACCCAGUCGUAUUCACUUACAGAACUUAAUUUCAUUCCUCUGUAGCCGUGUAAAUAUGAGUUUUUUUAAAGAAAUGUUUUGUUAUAAGUACAAGUAAAUGCAUAUUAAUGCACUGACUUACUUUCUAUACAUCAAAGAUACAGUUUUAAUAUAUAUUCUAUAUGAGGUAAGGUCCUGCUGACAAUGAUGACAUUUAAAAAGGACAAGUCACUAUGAUUUGAAGUCUUGUGAUACUUGAACGUAACAACAUUCUUUGUUGGAGGUCAUUCUGAACUUUUUUUUGUAGGGUUUACAUGAAAAGCUCUUAAAAUGAACCAACAGAUUUGUUACAUAUUUAUUGAAUUAAAAUGAUUAAAACAUUUGAAACACAAGGCACAGUGAAUAAAUGCUUAACAUGA